AUGGGAGAAAAUAACAAAGAAGAACAAAAUAAAUCAAGAGUGAUGGAGUUCAUUCUGCUUGGCUUCCCUGGGUCUCCACAUUUCCAGCUAACAAUCUUCAUCAUCUUUUUAAAUAUGUACAUCUUGACCAUUUUUGGAAAUUUCUCUAUUAUCCUUCUAAUAGUAACUAAUCGCCGUCUCCAUACUCCCAUGUAUUUCUUUCUUUGCAAUCUCUCUUUCUUGGAAAUAUGGUACACAACAGCCUCUAUCCCAAAGAUCCUGGCUAUGUUCCUUGGAAGAAGCAGAAGCAUCUCAUUUACAGGUUGCACUUUGCAGAUGUACUUUAUUUUUUCCUUUGGGUGCACGGAGCAUUUCCUAAUAGCCAUCAUGGCUUAUGAUCGGUAUCUGGCCAUAUGUUUUCCCCUUCAUUACAACACCAUAAUGGACAUUCAUCUUUCUAGCAAGUUGGCAGGAGGCUGUUGGCUUGGUGGAUUCCUUGCUAUGUGUAUACCAACCUAUCUGCUCACAACAUUGUCUUUCUGUGGCCCAAAUGUUAUCAAUAAUUUCUAUUGUAACAUAGAUUCCUGGAUAGUUCUUUCCUGCACAGACACCCACUUUCUUGAGAUAACAGCUUUUUUCAUAGCUAUAUUUGUCAUUGUAGGCUCCUGCGUGACAACCCUUCUUUCCUAUUUUUACAUUAUCCUCACCAUCCUACGCAUCCCCUCCAGAAAAGGACGACAAAAAGCCUUUUCCACAUGUUCCUCACAUCUUGCUGUAGUGAUUAUUUGGUAUGGCUCCACUAUCUUUCUGUUUGUAAAGCCAUCUAAACAGACCUCAUUAGAACGGACCAAAGUAGUGAGCAUCUUCAAUCUUAUUGUGGUGCCUCUUUUGAAUCCUUUCAUCUAUACACUAAGAAAUAAAGAGGUGAGGGAGGUGUUGAGAAAAGUAUUGCACAGGUGAUUAACAAAGCUCAGAUGUGAAGGGGAAGGGAAAUAAAUAAAUAAAAUCUGUAUUAGUUGGCCUAGAUUUUAGCAGCAGACAGUCUAGUUGUUAAGAGAGAUG